GGUGUGGUUAUAUUACCUGUUUUUUAACCCGAUCUGCACCACAGUCUGUGAAGACUAUCACUAAAGUGCCGUGGCAAUGACCGAGGAUAUCUAUACUUGUCGAGUGCAGUAUAUAGACGAUAGCGAUCCGUUCGCAUCGACGUCGAAUGCCUUCUUAGAACCUAUGCGCCCAGUCACAUUCAAUUUUCGAAUACAUGUUACGAUCGGCGAUCAACUACCCGAAAUCGUACGAACUCUUCGUGCUCCUCACAAGCCCAAUGACUCGGCUCUGCAACUAUACAAGAGUCUCGAGAAAGGUGGCGGGGAGUUCUCAAGCUAUUUGGAUAGCGACUUGACCUUGGCCGAUCAAAGUGAUGAGUUUGAAGAGAUGAAAAGCGAUAGCAAAAGAUACAGCCUCGUGUUGAGAACUCAAGUUGCAUUGCGGGUAAAGACUAUCAUAGAAAAGCUUUUGUCGAAUACUGGUAGAGAUCAAAGACGAGCUUUGUUUUCAUUGAAGAAGAUAUUCCAGGACGAUCGAGAUCUUGUCCCGGAAUUCGUACAGAAUGGCGGGCUGGAUUGUAUGGUGCGCCUUGGACGAGUUGCAGAUCAAAAUCAUCAGAACUACAUUUUACGAGCAUUGGGGCAAGUAAUGCUGUAUGUGGAUGGCAUGAACGGCAUCAUUGCGCAUAAUACUACAAUACAAUGGUUGUAUGAGCUAUUGGAUUCGCCGUUUCGACUUGUGGUGAAGACAGCAUUGAAGCUGUUACUGGUGUUCAUAGAAUACAAUGACAAUAACGCACUACUAGUACUUGCAGCUAUAUCGGCCGUAGAUCGUUCUAAAGGCCAACAAGAUUGGAGCGCAAUGAUGAAGGUGAUAUCAGAAAAAGAUACGCCCGAUCCGGAAACUCUUGUUUACGGAAUGACUGUUAUAAAUAAGACGCUCAGAGGGAUACCGGACAGUGACACAUACUACGAUGCCGUCGACACACUGGAUAUGCUGGGAAUGGAAAAUGCGAUGAAAGCCAUGGUCAAACUAGGCCAUCCAGAGCUGAUUGAACAAUGUCGACUGUACGAACGCGAGCUCAAUAAGGAAGACGAACGUGCUGAGAAUAGUGACGACGAUGCAAACGCUCGAAUGCGAGCUUCUUCUCAGCAAACAAUGCACGACAACGACAGACGUUCAGUAAUGAGACGACGUCAUCAAGAGGCUCGGCAGCGACAAGAGGAACACAUCGCGUUUUCUCAGAGUCGGAAUAUGUUUGCUAAAGAAAAUGAGCCACCGUCAGGGCCGAAGUCUUCCCCGGCAUGGAGAAAUGAGACAAAUGAGAAGCAUGACAUAUCUAGUCCCAAAAUAGAUAUCCCAAUCCAAAAGAAGAUACCGGAACCGAUUCGGAUUGUCAAUGAUGAGCAAGCGAUACCGACAUCCGCUUUGGCUGAUGUUGGAGGCCAUGAGACCGAGCAUCUUUCCGAACAUCAUGUGAAAGCGCCACCACCUUCAUUUCCUACGAUAUUUUCGCCAACAGAACCUAAAGUGAUGGAAUUUCCUGAACCAUUAAAAGAGCCAGAACCCGUGAAAUUACCGCCACCAAAGGCCAAGAUAGAGAAAGAUGACACAGCAGGUGGAUUUGCUGCGCUUUUGCAAAAACGUGCGGCCAAAUCCGCAGAAGCGAAUCGCAGCAAUUUUGCCACUAAGGAAAGCGAAGCUGAUAUACAAUGGAAAAAGGCGGCUGAGAAUCUGAAGUCCCGACCGUUAAUCAUCAACGAUCUAGACUUUAGCGCGUUUCACGCUGAAGAAUUCGAACAAGAUCCCCUCGUGAUGGCGCGACUCGCGCAAAUGGCUCAGGAAAAGGGAAUGCUACCUGCUGAUGGCCGACCAAAUGUCAAUGGUGGACCACCGCCACCACCACCUCCCGGUUCAAUUCCGCUCCCCCCACGAUUACAAGGGGGCAGCAUACCACCUCCUCCUCCACUACCCGGUGGUGUUCCUCCUCCUCCUCCACUAAACUUCAAAAGGGAGUCGAGUCCAGGUCCAUCCACUGGCAAGGGAGUCAUCAAAUUGCACUGGAAGCCCACUUCAGCUGAACCUCCACCAGUGCCAUCAUUAAAGCAAAAGGGCUCAUUUUGGAACAAACUCGAUCAACCGCAAAUAGAUGCGCACAAGCUGGUUCAGCUUUUUGAAACAAAACACAAUAAAGAAGUUGCUGUAAAGAAAGCAAUUGACACGAAGCCAGCAAUGUUACAAGUCUUGUCGAUGAAACGCUCGCAAGCGAUUAACAUUGGUUUGACAAAGUUGCCUCCAAUCAACGUGAUUCCAACAGCAAUCAUGAAAUUUGAUUCGAUGGUUUUGAACAAGGAUGGAAUUGAAAAGAUUUUGAAAACUAUGAUGCCAACAGCGAAGGAAGUGGAGGAGAUACAGGAAAAGCAAAUGGAAAAUCCGGAUAUGACUCUAGGACACGCUGAACAAUUCAUGCUUAUGCUAUCCAAAAUUCCCUGCCUUCUGGAACGCCUCAAACUCUGGAUUUUCACGUUAGAUUACAAGACCAUGGAAAAGACAUUUCGUAAAGCAAUGAGCAUUUUACUUGUUAUUGGAAACACGCUAAGCGGAACUGAGAUAAAAGGAUUUCAACUUGAUUAUUUGUCAAAAGCUUCUGAAGUGAAGGAUCCGGUAUAUAAACAUACGCUUACAUAUCACUUAGCGGAAUAUAUGCUGGAACACUACCCUGAAGGGACUGAUCUUUACACCGAAUUCGGAGCUGUUGCGCGUAGCUCCAGAGUUGACUACAAAGAGUUGUUCGAUAAUCUGAAACGUUUAGAAAAAGAAUGCAAGGCUAGUUGGGAGUAUUUGUCCAAGAUUGCAAAAAAUGACAACUCGUCAAUGAGACAGAAAAUCAACGAUUACCUAACAGAUGUAGCUCAGAGAAUUCACCAACUAAACACUAUCUAUAAUGUUACCAAAAAUAGAUGGCAUGCUUUUCUCAUCUAUUUUGGAUACUCCGUUAAUGAGAUCCCAGAUCAGAAUCCAAACGAUGUGUUCAAGAUGGUGACUGAGUUUGCGUUAGAGUACCGCACUACUCGUGAAAAAAUUCUGCAACAAAGAAAGCGCAUGGCUGAGAAACGUGAAAGAAAUAAAACCAGAGGUAAAAUUUGGGCGCUUGAGCAGCAACAGGACAAUGGCGAAUCAAGUAGACGUCGUCGUCCUCCGAAUGCACAAAACUCUUUGCAGCGACACGAAGAAAUGUCUCGUAUGCUGACAGGAUUACCGGAUAGUGGUGAUGGAACUCUACGAAGACGUGCUAGGGCUGUCGCUGAUGCUCAUGUUAAUAAAGACCUGCCCGACCCAGCAAAUGAUUCACCAGAAGACGAAAUCUUAAACGGCUUAGUAAAAGCUGCUACACUUCAAUCAGAAACGCGAGAUCAUCGGCGGAAGGCGCGACAGUUCAAUAGAAAAUCUUUACGUCGAACUAGAACCUUGAAACUUGUCGAUGGUCAGUUGGAGACAAACUACUGAGCUGCUACUCUGAUCAUCAAAAUGGAUCCAAUGUCAACAUCUAGUCGCUGUACACUGCCUUAAUGUUAUCUUUUGUUUGCUGAAGUCACGCUAGGACUGGUAUUUUUUGGUUCCAUGCAGUGUGCAUAAUUCCAGGCAUUUUCUCUUGUUUUUACUUUCAUUUCUUCAUUUUACUUGUUCUAUAUGCCGUGCCAAAUUUCACGUCUAACUGUUGAAUAUCCAGUUGACAAGUGCCCUUUGAAAAUGCAGUUUUUUUACUGUACAGAAAGUAUAUCUGACAAAUUUGUCCAGUA